AUGGUCCACGCCACCGAGCCAGCCAUCGUCAUGCCCUCCUCGACGGUGGCCCGCCCCCGCAAGGGCACUUUUCAGGAAAUCCCCGUGUCCUCCACCUCCCACCCCGAUAAUCCUAUUCCCGAAGAGCCUCGAGGCGUUCGUUCCCUUUCAAUCACCGAUUUCAAUUUCAAUGGCUCGCCUGCUUCCUCCCAAGAGACUGAAUCCAGCGGCAACGAUUCCCCCGCCACCCCAAUCACUCCUCCCGACCUGCAGACCCUAUCAAUUUCGGAAGAUAAUGCUGGCAAACCCACCGGUCGCGCUCGUCGCGCCUCGACCAUCCUGAUUUCCCAGAACUCGGAUGAUAUGCGACGGGUGUUGGAGAAUGUUGGCACAGGCGGUACCCAGAAAAUCGAGUCCAUGUGCUGUGGUGGGGGUUGCUGCCGGGGUCGCCCCCUCCAACCUCUGGACGGUCCAAUCUCAGGCUUCAAUUCCAUCACCGCACCAGAUAAUGACGCUUUCGAGAGUCUUGGUCUCAAUGUCGAUCUCCUCACCUUGGAUAGCGAACUCUCCAACCUUGCCCCGCUCCCGGAAAAAACCGUAUCCUUCUCCCCCGCCCCCGCUCACGCCGACGACAUUCAACUGGGCCCCUCCGAUCACCCCCCACGCUUCGUACAACCCCAUCCUCCCUAUGAGGUGUACCGCGCUCCUCUCCACCACACCCGUGAGCUCACCAAGGGUGGGGCUGAGAAGCGUACUUACCACUUCGACAUCGAUGUCACCGACUACCCCGCCGAGAGCGGCAUGGUCGAUUUCGUCGUGGGUGGUGCCAUCGGCGUUUGCCCAAAGAACAAGGAUGAGGAGGUGGAGGACAUUCUCAACCUCCUUGGCGUCCCCAAGUCCAUGCGUGACAAGAAGGUUCUCAUGCGGACCACCAAGGGCCGCUGGCCCACCAUCUGGGGCGACGAUAAGCCUCGCGAGCUGAUCACCUCUCGUCGUGAGGUCCUGAGCUGGUGCUCUGAUAUUCAGAGUUACGCCCCAACCAAGGCGCUCUUCCGCACUCUGGCUGAAUACACCUACGAGGAGAAUGAGAGGAAGAUUCUCGAAUACCUCGCCUCGGCCCAAGGUCAAGCUCCCACAUCAGCUUGUCUCAGCUUCUCCACGCCUUCCCUUCCUCUCAACCCCCCCCUCGACCACAUUCUCUCUGUCCUGAACACUUUGAUGCCCCGUUUUUACUCUUUGUCCCAAGAUCCCAUGAUUUCCUGCCAAUUCAAGGGCACCGAAUGCCGUCGUCUCGUCGAAGUUGCAGUCACCGUCGCCGAGUCUGAUGACUGGCGUAACGGUACUCGCACCGGCGUUGGAUCUGGAUACCUCGAGAGUCUUGCACGUAAGGCCAUUGCUGCCCAAGCUCGGGGCGAGAAGGUUGACAUCCACAUCCCCAUGUUCCGUGGUCUCAUGGCCAACCCGCUUGCCACGCGCUUCGCUUCUGACGGACCCAUGCUCCUCAUCGGCGCUGGUGUCGGCAUUGCACCCUUCCGCGGUUUUGUUCAGCGACGUUUGCAGUCGGCCAACUGCGCCAACAAGGUCUGGGUCCUCCAGGGUGUCCGUGAUUCUCUUCUCGACGAGCUCUACAGUGGUGAGUGGGGUGUGCAUGAGGACAAGGUUCGCACUGUGGUUCAGAGCCGUCGUGGCGAGAGCCGCUACGUUCAGGAGGAAGUUCGUCACCAGGCUGACCUUGUCUGGUACGUCAUCAAUGCGCUUGAUGGCCGUGUCUUUGUCUGCGGUAGCGGCAAGGGAAUGGGUGAAGGUGUUGAAGCUGCUCUCGUCGAAGUUGCCAUGGCUAAGGGCAAUCUCAACUCCGAGGAGGCAACUCUCUUCUGGCAGCGAAAGAAGGAGGCUGGCCAGUACAUUGCUGAAACCUGGUAA